AUGUCUCUCUUUUUUUACCCCUACUCUCUUUCAUUAUUGCGGUGUCUAUCUCUCCCUCUGUCAGUCUCUCUUUUUUUUCUAUUUCUUUCUUUAAUUCUUUUUCCCAUCAAUUACUUUCCCCUACGCUGUUUCCCUCGUUAUUUAUUUAUUCUUUCUUCUUUUGGUUGCUUGCUUUGUUAUAUAGACUUUUCUUUCUUUUUUUUUUCUCCUUGCUUUAUUUCACUAAUGUCUAUUUUUCUUUCAUUCUUUCCGUUUGAAGUCUUUUUCUUUCUUCCAUUCUUUUUCUCGUCCCCUACAUUCAUUUAUCACCUUCUUGCUUUCGUUUGCGCCGCUUUUGCUUUCUUCUACUUUUCUUUCUUUCUUUUUUUUUCUUUUUUUCUUUCUUGUUUCAUUCGUUGCUUGCUUCGUUCUCUUCGUCUCUCUCUCUCUCUCUCUCUCUCUCUCUCUCUCUAUCUAUCUAUCUAUUCCAGUUUCUUCAUACCAAUCAAUCAUUCAAUCAGUCUGUCUAUAUAUUCUCGUUUCUUAAUAUCUAUCUAUCUAUUCCAUUUUCUUCAUAUCAAUCAAUCAUUCAAUCAGUCCGUGUAUAUAUUCUCGUUUCUUAAUACCUACCUACCUAACUACCUACCUAUCUAUCUAUCUAUCUAUCUAUCUAUCUAUCUAUCUAUCUAUCUAUCUAUCUAUCUAAUUUGA